CUGCUUCUGUGCGGGGAAAGAAGGGCAAAGUCCGAAGCUGGCAUGAAAGGGCGCCGCGCGAGCCGGAGGUAGCCCAGCAGCGUCCAGCCUCGCCUCGCCCCGCCCCGCCCCCCGCGGAACCCUCUGCCGGCGCCAUGGUGCUGGAUAGCUUGGCCCGCAUCGUCAAAGUGCAGCUGCCUGCUUACCUCAAGCGCCUGCCGCUGCCGGAGAGCGUCGGCGGCUUCCUGAGACUCACAGUUUCAGAAUGGCUGCGCUUACUGCCUUUCCUGGGUGUCCUUGCUCUGCUCGGAUAUCUUGCUAUUCGCCCAUUCCUUCCCAAGAAGAAACAGCAGAAGGACAGUUUGAUUAAUAUCAAAAUCCAGAAGGAGAAUCCCAAAGUAGUAAAUGAAAUCAACAUUGAGGACCUCUGUCACACUAAGGCAGUAUACUGCAGAUGCUGGCGCUCUAAAACAUUCCCUGUCUGUGAUGGCUCUCACAACAAACACAAUGAGUCAACGGGAGAUAAUGUGGGCCCUUUAAUACUCAGGAAAAAAGAAGUCUAGCAAACUCUUAAAUAUGCUGUGACUGAAGGGAAGUCCACUUGUAUAUGUAUAUGUUGGGCUUUCAGUCUUGUAAUAAUCACAGGGUUAUAUUUUAGUAUAUUUUUAGAUUAUAUUAAAUUUGUACUUUGUGCUAGAUGUUUGGUAAUGUGUUUUGUAUAACAAAAUUGUACUAUAUCUAUGCUUUGUAAUCAUAGCAGAAUUAUUUUUCACAGAAGUGCAGCACUUGUAGCAAAUAUUAGAUGAUAGAUAGAAAGAUCGAUCGAUCGAUAGAUGAUAGACAGACAGACACACACACACACAUAUCCCUUUAUUCUACUACAGUGUAUUAACACUACAGAUUUAACAGAUUUUAAACGAGUUGGAAGUACUCCCAGAUUGCCACAAAGCUGGGAAUUUUUGGAGGUUGUCAAAGAUUGUAAUGAUUUUCGUCUUAUGUGAGUUUAAGAAUUUGCACACAAGCUGGUAGUUCAGUUUGAACAUGUAUACAGGAAUCACUUUUACACAAAACUUUAGAUAGCCUUCUUUGAUAAUGAUUAAAGAGAUCUAUAAACUAGGAGCAGACUGUUUUUUGCUUUUCAGAAGUGAUACAGAUUGUAUAAAAUUGGCUUGUCUGUGAUUUAGAAAUUAUAUCAUGUGUUUAUAUUUUGAAAUAUAGAGCAGUUCAGUCUGAGAACUACCUAUUUUAUUUGCAAUACUCAUGAUGUUGAGUAAUAACUGGCUGCAUUAAAUGAACUAUAGUAAUUAACCUAUUUGCUACUAAACCAGCUCUUCCCUUAAACAAAUUAGUUCAUGUUACAUGAACAGUAUAGCACUAUGAACUUCAAAUAAUCUAAUGCUUGCCCCCCAUAUUUUCCAAUUCUUCUUGGCCUUUGUAUCCAAUCUACCUAUACAUCUUGUACAUAGUUAAGUUCAGAUUCCCAUGUGCAAGAGUAACUGUCAGGGUUCCAAGGAACACCCCAGUAACAUUAGGUAAUCAUGGUCUACAUUUUACAUUGUAUUAAAUUGUAUGUGCUAGAAAAUAUCAGUUGCUCCAAAGGACCCAGGCAAACAAAUAAGGGAAUAGCAAAUGAUGCUAGAUUAAAGUGUAUACCAACUAUUUAUUCUGUUACAAAAAUGGGCUGAAAUUAAAAAAAAUCUUAGACAUUGUAUAGUCACAUAAAAUGUAAAUUCCUUUUCUCCAUCCUCCUGACUCUCUAGAAUUUCUCCAUAAACAGAAUCUAAUUUUCUAACAAAGCAGUUUGCAGUGUUAGUUUCCUAUCUGGUGAGGCGAUUGCUUGUAAAACUUAAAUUUUAUAUCUGGUGUCCCAAAUAUUUCCAUUAAUUCUGUAAGUCCCUUGUCUGCAUGCUUAACCACAUAAGAAUUAUUGCUAGAAAUAUACAAAUGCUUACUAUCAGUUUCUUUCUAGAGAAAAAUAAUGCAUUUCUGCUUAAAAACAAACAGCUGAGAUUCUUUUUUUACUAUCACUGUGUUUUUUAAAAAGCAAUGUUUGCAGUUUUUAUAUUUCUGAUCAUGGAGAACAAGGAUCUUUCUUGAAAUGUAUGAUACUGGACCAGGGGUAGGUUUUAAAACCCAUCGCUUCAGGUUCACUUGUGGGCGUGUGCACAUUUAUGUAUGCAUGCAACACUUCUACACAUGCACAGAAGCUUCUGGACAUGUGCAGAAGCAUCCGGGUAGGUGGGCGGAGCCUCCCGCUGCUGCCGCUACUGGUUCACCCAACCAGGGCGAACCGGUAGCAACCCACCACUGUACUGGGCAAUGAUAUGAACUAUGAACUGGAGGAAAUUUCAGGAGGUUACAAAAUGACAAAUAAGGUAAACAAAUAUGUACCAACAGUCCACACAUUUUUAAAUUGUCAAGGUUGAAAAACAUUGAUUUAUCUACGUGAGGGGAAAAAUGUGGGUGGCUAAGCCAAUGAGCUAGUUACCUACUAUGAUUUUUACUGUCACUGAAAAUGUUCUUCAAAUAACAGGAAAUGAGAAAAUUUUCAGCUGGUAAAUAAUGAAGAAGAACUGAGGGUUGAGAUGUCUCAUAAAAAAGGUCCCAAUGUAGUUUUGCUUUGAAAAAGAGAAUAAUUCCAAGAAAUGCCACCAUCAAUGCUAUUUGCAAACUUUUCUCAAACCACCAGAACAAAGUUUCAAGAGUUCUGGGAGACUGAUAAAUGAAAUACACAAGAAAAUCCAGUGCCAAGAAUAUUACUUAUUUUUAGAAUAUAUUAUUUCUAAAUUAUUAUUCUUAUUAUUAGAAUAUGGGGUAUUCUGUUUUGUUUAGUUUAGUUUAGUUUAUUGUCAUUGCACCUCGUACAAUAAAAUUAAAUGCCAUCUUCACUGGAGAUUAAAAUGGUUCCUAACCCUAUAAAAUGGUUCCUAACCCUAAUGGAAGGCAGGCUACCAACCUGCCUUCCAUUGAGGACCUGUAUACUGCACGAAUCAAGAAGAGGGCCAUGAAAAUAUUUAGACCCCUCGCAUCCUGGACAUAAACUGUUUCAACUCCUACCCUCAAAACGACACUAUAGAGCACUGCACACCAGAACAACUAGACACAAGAACAGUUUUUCCCCGAAGGCCAUCACUCUGCUAAACAAAUAAUUCCAUCAACACUGUCAAACUAUUUACUGAAUCUGCACUACUAUUAAUCCUCUCAUAGUUCCCAUUACCAAUCUCUUUCCAUUUAUGACUGUAUGACUAUAACUUGUUGCUGGCAAUCCUUAUGAUUUAUAUUGAUAUAUUGACCAUCAAUUGUGUUGUAAAUGUUGUACCUUGAUGAAUGUAUCUUUUUUUUUUAUGUACACUGAGAGCAUAUGCACCAAGACAAAUUCCUUGUGUGUCCAAUCACACUUGGCCAAUAAAAAAAUUCUAUUCUAUUCUAUUCUAUUGGCUUUUUCCAAAGCUUUAAAAAAUUAGCUAUGUACUUGUCUCUGGGGCUCAGAAUGUAUUAAGGGCCCUAAUACUUGGCUUUAUGAUUAGUUUAUUGACAAUCAGUGAUUAUACUUGCGCUUAUUUAUUUUGUGGGUAUUUUUAUUAUUUUUAAAUUUUUUAAAUUGUUUUGUUUAAUAAUUUUAGAAUUGUGAGCCACCCAGAGUCACUUAAUUGAGUUAGGAGCUACAGAAAUUGAAUAAAUAAAGCCUCACUUCUACAAAAAAAACAAAAAAACCCUUCCUUGUGUUAUUAUAGCAAAUGGUUUCAAUUGUUUACAUGGGGAUAGGGGCGAGUCUUGUGCAAUGUUCCUAUUUGUAUAAGAAAUCUUGAACCUCUGACUUCUAAACUGUCUGACAAUCCUGAUGAGGUUCUCAGAACCCUGGAAUGGAUUUGGACUAUUUUUCUGUGUUCUCUUGUUUAAAAAAAAACACUUCAUGGAAGUUUCUGUUCUGGUUACAUUUUUGGUUACUGUUUUAUCUCUUCAGUCUGAAAAUAAAACUGCUGACCUCCACAGCAAUUGUGUGCCUGUGAUUGAAACUUGAAGCAGCACAGAUUGUCCUGGCAGCAAAACAAAUGCCCAACUUUGCUAUAGACCAUAAGGACACAAUAUGUAUUUAGGUGGGGAAAACUGUAUAACUGUUACCUGACCUGCCAUUCAUUAUCAAAUCAAAUAAAAAUGCUGAAAUCGUGUGAAGAUUAAAUAAGAUAGUGAAUAAAAUAUGUGUCUGUGUGUACAUGAAAUGAACUGACAGUACGUCUAAAUUAUUAAUUUGGUCUAAAUUAUUAAAAAUAGAAAUUGUUUGGUUGCUAUCAAAUCGUGUCACUUCCUAGUGACUAUAUGGAUAGAUUUUCUCCAAAUGGUUAUCUCUUUAACUUGGCUUUUAGGUCUUUUACUGUUGUCAUUAAAUCUACCUAUCUCCCAUUUAGACUUGUCUUCCAACUCUUAUUUUCCAGUCCCUUUAUUGAGCAGCUACUCUGGCAAGGCUUGGAGAGUAGGUGGGAACAGUGUACUGUAUAUGUUAGUAAAAUCUUGCUAUAAUGUAACCAAUAAAGUUGGCUUAACAAAA